AUGUUCCGCGAAAAGGGCACCAAGAUGGCCAAGAGCCAAACUGCUGGAAAGAGAGCUGCCGGGGUUCGAAAGGCACAGGACAAGGUCACAGCCGAGUUGGGGAAGACCAAGGCGGCUGCAGAGAACGGGGAAAGCCGAACCAGCUAG